CUCACACGCACACCUACAUCUCUCUCUCUCUCUCUCUCUCGCACACAUCUCUCUCUCUCUCUCACACACACACACACACACACACACACACACACCCUCCCUGCCUGUCUCACUCUUCUCCUGUCUCUCACUCCUUCCUCCGGUUCUCCAGGUUUAGUUGGCUGACUGUGUGAGCCUGUUACCAACUUGCAUGCGGGAAGGAGAGAGCCGCACGCGCACUCGGUCCCCGGGCUCGCGCUUUAAACCUGUGCGGAAGAAAGAAAGCGCGCCGGGAUUUAUGAGGUAUUGUCUCUCGGUUAAACGGCUCGCUGUACGGCACUAAUCAACACGUGAGUGCGCGCGUGGGCUCCUCUGUCAUGGUGCGGAGCGCUCCCCCGGAGCUCCAUGCAGCACUCUCCGCGCGCAUGCACAUGCACGCGUGAGCGGAGCCGCUUCCGUGUGCACCGUCGCCUCGUUGACACAUGGCCGCGGCUAUCGCGAGCUCGCUCAUCCGGCAGAAACGGCAAGCGCGCGAGUCCGGCAACGACCGCGGGACCGCCUCGGCGCGGCGCUCGAGUCCCGGUAAGGAGGCGCGCGUGCUGUGCGGUAGGCGCCUGUACGGGCUCUUCAGCAAAGUGCGCUUCUGCAGCGGCGGGAAGAAGCGGCCCGCGCCACGGAAACCAGAGCCACAGCUGAAGGGGAUUGUGACAAGGCUGUUCAGCGAACAGGGGUUUUACCUGCAGAUGAAACCAGAUGGAACCAUUAAUGGGACCAAAGAUGAGAACAGCGACUACACUCUUUUUAAUUUGAUUCCAGUGGGUCUGCGUGUUGUGGCCAUUCAAGGUGUGAAGGCAGGACUUUAUGUGGCCAUGAACACUGAGGGAUUCCUCUAUACAUCAGAUCUUUUUACGGCGGAGUGUAAGUUUAAGGAGAGUGUGUUUGAGAAUUACUAUGUGAUCUACUCGUCCACUCUGUAUCGUCAACACGAGAGCGGACGUGCCUGGUUCCUCGGCCUCACCAAGGACGGCAUCAUCAUGAAAGGAAACCGCGUCAAGAAAACCAAACCUUGCUCACACUUCGUCCCCAGACCCAUCGAGGUGUGUAUGUACAAGGAGCCGUCACUGCACGAGUUAGAAGAGAAGCAGCGCAGCCGGAAAGACUCAGGGACGCUGAGCAUGAACGGAGGGAAUCAGCCGAACCCGGACUCGACCGAGCAGGACGGCUCAUAGCUGCUCUCUCACACCCUCACAAACUCACUCACACACACACACACACACACACACACACAUAUAUAUAUAUAUAUAUAGCACCUCACAGAGUUCGCACCUCAACAGGAGAAAAAUCACCCUACAAGAAAAAGCAGAUUGAAAUCUGCAAUCCUGUGAAUGUCUCAGAAAGGAAACAAAGAAAAAAAAAGGGGGGGGAAAAUCCUGUAUUUGAAACCAGGACAUUUUAUGCAAAGCCUGCCGAGAGUGAGUGUGUGUGUGUCCAUGUGUGUGUGUGUGUGUGUGUGUGUAAGUGUGUGUGUGUGUGUGUUAUACCUUGGAUACGAAAUGAAAAAUGCUGUGUAUGUAUGUAUGUAUGUAUGUGUGUGUGUGUGUGUGUGUGUGUGUGUGUGUGUUUGGAAGUUUAAGCUUUAAAGCCAUGUACCAAUCGUCACGUCAUGAAUUUAUGAAUGCAAAAGCACCUUCAUGCGCUUCUUUCUGUGUGUGCGUGCGUGUGUGUGUGUGUGUGCUGCUCUGAUCAUCGCUAUGAAUCGUCAGUCUCGGAUUCUCCUCUCCGAUUGGCUUAAGUAGUGAACGCCCGCCCUGUACCCGGCUGACGGGCUGCAUUGUGAUCUCAGUGGACUUCAAAUUGCCAUCGAUUUUGAGAAAUCGUUUCGCUUGUACGUCUCUUUCCAGAAUGUCUGUUUGGACAUUUUACGCGCGUUUUACAAGCUACGUUCGCGCUGGCGAGCGACAAAUCGCUUUGCGUCGCUUGUGGGCAUGGCCUGUCUGGAAUUUUGGCCUGUCCGCUGUACGACUUCUACGGUACGCAUGACGAGUUUGAUUUACGUUUCUUGCCAGGCUUCGUUGGCAGAUUCGCAGAUUUUGCGGGAAACCUACUCGAAUCUGCGCAAUCGCGAUCAAUUGUUCGACGCACGUGAAUCGAAGACGCCUUCAGUCGAAGGACGUCACGUGACGCGUCUCGGCCCGAAUCUGCGGUAACGCUGGAAAAAUUGCGAGCUCUUCCGGAUAUUUUGCGGAGUUUCCUUGAUUUUGCGUUCGUUUCUGCGAUCGCGAAAUCAGUAAAAUCCUGUAGAGACUAGCUAGUGUAUUAGCUCCGCAUGCUCACCAGAGGCACAGACGAUUUCUGUUGCUUCCGCUCUAGAGGAAUCUCUAUAGACAUAUAGUGCUGUAUAUAACAGGAUAAGUUAGACCACGGUUAUAUGGAAACUAAUAGCAGGUAGGAACUAAGGUUGUGAGCGGCGAGCUGAAGAAAUGUCGAACCACACGCGAUAUAGGAUUGGUCCGUUACAGUGUCGUACCUAAUUUACAUAGAACUGAGAAAAAUCUGAAAUGACUGACAUCGCGGAUCCGAUUGCACCACGUGGUCACCUGUCACGUCCGAGUGUGAACGCCAGGUAAGGAGCGACAAGUGAGGUAAAAACGUAACUGUUGUAGUUUGGUGGUUUGCAGCACCCUAGUGGACUGUGGCGGAACUGCAGGCUAUCGUAUGUUGUGUUUUGAGAAACUGGUGAAUCAGAUGUAAUUGAGAUGUACAUGAAGGGGUUUUAGUGGAGUCAUCAUUAUUAACAGAUGAUUGUACGCAUGUUAACAAAGAUAGUCUUAGGCUUAAGUCAGUUGUGCAUUACCGCUGUUGUUGCGUGUAGUGGGCUGCAUGUUUUGUGUGUGUGUGUGUGUGUGUGUGUGUGUGUGUUUAAUUUAUUAUCCUUUUUUUAAAUGCUUUUUAAAAAUGCUCUUCUGCACUUUUAAGCCUCGUUACUCUGGAUUUCGCGAGAAUAUUUAAAGUUAGGCUGCCUUGUUUAAAUCCUCGGAGAAGAGGUCUAAUCCGCGUUGUGUCUGAAU